AAAAUAACCACUAAAUUCUCAAUGUCGCAACUCUUUGUGAGCACGGUCGAGCACGGGCAGCACGGUCGUUUGUUUGCACUGGAGAGAGAGGAGUGUGAUCUUAAAAUUGAGAGAAUGGCAGGGUCUAAUAAUAAAUCUGCAUUAUUUGUUUGUCUCGGCAACAUCUGUCGGUCUGUCAUGGCAGAACAGAUUUUCCGUGAAUUAGUAGAGGAGAAAGGGGUUGCAGACCAGUGGAAUAUAGACAGUGCUGCAACAUCAACUUGGGAGAUAGGAAAUUCACCUUAUGAGCUGACAAAUGACACGCUGAAAAAACAUAAUCGCAAAACAAGCAGUCAUAUAGCAAGACAGAUUACUACACAAGACUACAACGAUUUUCACUAUAUCUUUGGUUUUGAUGAAGAUAAUAUGAGGCAACUGAAAAGACGCAAGCCAAAGGAUAGUACAUGUGAGUUGAUAUUACUAGGUGAUUUGGACACAGACAAGAGUACAAAUAUCAUCAUUGACCCUUAUCCAGGACCUGUAAAAGCCUUUGAAACUGCAUAUGGUCAAUGUGAUCGAGCCUGCAAGGUUUUCCUUUCACAAGCUCAGUAGACUGAGGAAGAAGCUAACAUUUAUGUUUCUUUUAACCGAUUUUAAAUUAUAAAAUAUAAAAAUAUAACCGAGUGCAAGGUUUGGUGUGCAGAUCCAAGACACAUUAUUGUCUGUAAGAUAAUUAUAUUAACAAGUACCUGGAUUUAUAUAAAUAGUGCACUUAACUAUGCGAUUUCAUUAAUAUUAUAUGAAGUAGAUUUUUGAGGUUAGUGGCAAAUACAUCUGUUUUAUCUGAUCACAUAAGUAACAUUGUCAAUUUGUCCAUCAUGUAAGGUAGAUUUUUUGCAGCACUACUGUAUAUUUUGAAACAGCGCCACCAGCGAACAUAGUGAUUCCAUCGAUUGUGUGAGAACAUUUGCAUUUUAAAAUUGAUAUUUAAACCAUGUUGAAAUUUUACUUAUUAUUGAUGGAAAAAUAUUCUCCAGGCUUUUUGGGUUACCACAUACUGGUUUUAUUAUAUUUUAAUAGCAUUUAUUUUCUUCUGAUUCACUGUAUGUGUGUAAGCCUACAAUGAAUAAAUUAAAAUCAAAUUAGGGAAAGUAAUAAUACUACUGCAAAUGUGUCAUUUGUUAUAAAGAAAAAUAUAUGAAUUAAAUUUUGCAGUGAACUUGAA